AUGACGAUUAGCUCAAACAGUGCACAAUGUGGCAUACUCCGCUCGCCCCGCCCUACCGUCUCGCCCGUCCCGCCGCCCGCCGUCUCGCCCGCCCCACCGCCCCGCCCCGCCCCGCCCGUCCCGCUCGCUGUGGCCGUGGCCGAUGACCACGGCCCCGCCGUCUCGCCCGCCCUACCGCCCCGCCCUGCCCCGCCCGUCCCGCUCGCCGUGGCCGUGGCCGAUGACCGCGGCCCCGCCGUCCCGCCCUGCCGUCUUGCCCGUCUGCUUCGACUCCUCCCGCAGCCGCCUCCCUCCCUCACUCGCUCCUCAUCCGGCGACGGCGGCAGCGGUCACAGAGGAGAGCAGCGGAUCAACGGCGCCGGCGAUGGCGUCCGUGGCGGCGGUGGACGGCGCGGCCGCGGCGCUCCGUUCACUGAUGUCGCACGUGCAGCAGGUGGCGGCGCGGUCGGGGCGGGCGCCGGAGCAAUUUGGGCUUCUAUCUUGAUGAGAAAGGGGUGGAGGCCAUGGAGGUCACGGGGCAAGGAAGAAGAGGAGGCCAUGGAGGUCGUGGGGGAGAUCCGAAGAGGAACAGGAGGCCACGAUGGAGGACCACGAUGUCGCCCCCAUCUUCCCACUCCUUGAAGAAUAGCACCCCUUCGAGCCCCAUGUUGUGG